AUGCACAUCCUGGUAGUCAACGAUGAUGGCCCACCAAGCACUCGCCUAUCACCAUACCUCAGACCCCUGGUCGACACCCUACAAGCCAACGGUCACCAAGUCUCAGUAGCCAUCCCCGCAGCCUCACGCUCCUGGAUCGGCAAAGCGCACAUAAUCGAAGCCUCUCUCACAGCAACCUACGUCCACCCAGACUCCUUCAACCCAGACGGCACCUGGGACGAGUCCUACGCAUCCGAGGACCCCGAAAACGACUGGGUCGUGGUCCGCAACGGCACCCCAGCCAGCUGUGCCCAACUCGGUCUCCACAAUCUCUUCACAGAUCGCCCGCCCAUCGACCUCGUCAUCUCGGGCCCGAACCACGGCCGCAAUGCUUCUACCAUCUACAACCUCUCUUCGGGGACGGUAGGCGGUGCGCUGGAGGCGGUGUUCUGCGGACAACGCGGUAUCGCCAUCUCCUUCGGUAGCAAGGAUCCGCAGCCGGCGGAUGUUAUUGCUGCUGCGGCGCGGCUGGCGGUGAGGAUUGUCGGGCAUCUUUUUGAGAAUUGGGAUGAGCGGGUCGAGCUUUAUAAUAUCAAUGUGCCGAUGCGGCUGGAUGUGGAGGAUCGGCCUGUGUUGUAUACGCGCACGUUGCCGUAUUAUUGGUCUAGAGGUUGUUUGUAUGCUGAGGAUGGGGUGAGCAAGAAGAUUAAUGGGAUUAACGGAGUUAAUGGGGUUCACAAGAUGAAUGGUGUGAACGGUGUUCAUGUCAAUGGCGAUAUGAAUGGUGAGACGAAUGGAGUCGUUGUCAAUGGACAUGGACCUGCGCCAAGACAGCGCCAGUUCAAGUGGUCUGCUGAUUUGUCGGACAUGAAGAAGACGUUGCAGGAGAGCGAGGAGGGUACGGAUGCUCAUACUGUGCUCAAUGGAUCGACUAGUGUGACUGCUCUACGUGCCAACUUCUGGCAUGUCCCUGGCCUUGAGGGGCCGUUGGUCCUUGACUCUUGA